AUCCCACCCUAUCUCCUUCUCCAGAACUUGGAGAAAAUCGCAGAACUGAGUCGAGAAUUUACUUCCAACUCGGGUCUCUCUCUAUCUCCCAAACUCAGAGAUCCGCCAUCAUCCAUGGCGUCCAUCUCCCCGCGAAGCCUCCUCCCUCUCCCGAAAAUGGGCCCGAACCCACUUCACCCUCCGUCUCUUUCCCCCGCCAAGCUCGCAAAGCUCCCGCCUUUCCCGCGGAACAGGCCGAGGCUCGGCGGAUUGAGGCUCGUCGCCAACUCGGUCGUCGAGGAGCUCGACGUCAUCCCGGUGCAGAGCGGGGACAGCACGGACCAGCAGGAGGGCUUGUCGGUGAGCCUGGAGAGGGCAGGGGAGGCGGCCGAGCUGGUGAGUCAGGUGGGUGGGUUCGCGACGAGCGAAGGGCAGUUCCCGUUCGAUGGGUUCUCUUCGGCGUCUUCGGGCGCUUCGUCGUCUUCGAGCGGAGUUGAGAAGGACGGAAGCGAAGGGAUGGCGAGGUUGAUCGAUCGGAGUAUCAAUGGGAUGAUCGUGUUGGCCGCCGGUACUUAUGCCAUCACCAAGUUGCUCACGAUUGACAGCGAUUAUUGGCAUGGAUGGACUAUUUAUGAGAUAGUGCGGUAUGCACCUCUACACAACUGGAGUGCUUAUGAGGAAGCUCUUAAGACAAACCCUGUUUUAGCCAAGAUGGUUAUUAGUGGAGUGGUAUACUCCGUUGGGGACUGGAUUGCACAGUGCUUUGAAGGAAAACCACUCUUUGAGUUUGAUAGAACACGGAUGUUCAGAUCGGGCCUUGUUGGAUUCACACUUCAUGGGUCUCUUUCUCACUAUUACUAUGAAUUCUGCGAGGAGCUUUUUCCUUUCCAAGACUGGUGGGUGGUACCUGUCAAAGUAGCGUUUGAUCAAACAGUGUGGGCAGCGAUUUGGAACAGCAUAUACUACACUGCUUUGGGUUUCUUACGUCUAGAAUCCCCAAUCAACAUAUUUACUGAGCUGAAAGCAACUUUCUGGCCUAUGUUAACAGCUGGGUGGAAGCUUUGGCCAUUUGCUCAUCUGAUUACCUACGGUGUGGUCCCAGUGGAACAAAGGCUUCUUUGGGUGGACUGUGUUGAGCUCAUAUGGGUGACAAUCCUCUCAACCUAUUCAAACGAAAAAUCAGAAGCAAGAAUCGCUGAGGUUCCAGCUGAAGCCAAUCCCGGCGCACAGUCGCUAAAUCCUCCCGAGGAGCGAUAGGUGUUGUAACAAGCAGAAACAGUAGUCUUGAGGACGCAUCUAUUUUUCGAACUUGGCCACAGUGGGAGAGAGAGGAAUCUACCUUAGCAAUGGAACGCACUCGUCGACAGAGCAAUGGAAAUGCGGGUCUAGAGUUAUCAGAUUAUCGAUGAUGUACAUGGGUGUCAGAGAUCUUAAGUAUAUAGUUCCUAUACCACCAUCCUCCUUUCUUAUGCUCGUGUAUAAAAUUUAUCAUUACGUAAUUAUCUCUAACUUCACAUUGCAUUAUUCUUACAUAGAGAGAAAAAGGAAAUAAAUAGAAACCCAUCCCGAUGAGUAUUGUAGGAA